ACCCAGAUAUAAAAACUCGUUACUCGAAUCCAUUUUCAGUCAUUUUGUUAAAAUGUCGAAUAAAAACUUUGGUGUCUUAAUAAUUACCUUGCUGGUAUUUUGCGCAGUUCUUGGAGUCAAUUCACAUAACGAUACUCCGGGACAGUUACCAACGAAUUGUGCUGAAGCAUUAAGAAAUUAUAAAAAUAGUGGCAUCUAUCAAAUUUAUAUACCAAAAUCAGGACUUAAGCCAUUUUACGUAUACUGUCUGAGAGAUCCAAACAAUGGUCCCGGUUGGACAAUUGUCAACAGACGUCAAGAUGGUUCUAUAAAUUUCAAUCGUAAUUGGAUUGACUAUAAAGUCGGUUUUGGUAAUCUGGAAGGUGAAUACUUUAUUGGAUUGGAGAAGUUAUAUGCAUUGACAAAUAAUGGAAUUCAGGAAUUAUGGUUUCAGUUGGAGGAUUUUGAAAAUGAAACCCGUUCGGCAUUUUAUAGCAGUUUUGCUAUUGAUGAUGAGAGCUCGAAAUACUCAUUAAGUAUGGUUGGUAAAUAUUUCGGCAAUGCAGGAGACUCUUUUACUGUUCACGCUGGUGCAAAGUUUUCAACAAAAGAUAAUGAUAAUGAUACUUGGGAUGGAAAUUGUGCGGAUCACUAUACAGGCCCCUGGUGGCACAAAGCCUGUCAUCAAAGCAAUAUGUUUGGACAGUAUUUACGUGGAUCGUACUCUAACGAUAAAUACGCACAAGGUGUUAACUGGAAUGCUUGGCACGGCUUUUACUAUUCACUCAAAUACACUCACAUGGCAAUACGCCCUGUUCGCAUAUAAAUUCAUUGGCCAUGCGAGUGGAACAGAUGUUAAGAACCAACAAAUAGUCAUUUAAUGUUCUAAAAAAAAUGGAAAAUAAAAGUAAAUUUUUUCUGUAUUAUUGUAAAAAAGAA